UAUUUCCCUUCUUCGUGCCGGGUGAUGUGUGCUUCCGACUUUAAAUUAUUGGAGUAACAGAUGAUGACUUGUAUUUUCUCUGACAAGAUUUCACAUAUAUGUAUGCCACUGGCUCACAAAUUAAGUGUCCAAAAGAUCAAUUGUUGGGUGAUAUUUUCUCCUCUCUCUUGUGGUUUAGUUUCAGGAAAAGAAGAAGGAAUCAUGAUAAAGAGGACAAUCACGAUUCUCCGCAGUCCAAAAGGAGAAAGACAAACCCUGUCUUUCAGGAGUCUCAGGAUGCAGAGGUAGGAAUGUGGUCAGAUAGCCUCUCUCUAGUUCGUCCACUGCCUAAGUUACAUUAUCCAAUUGUUUCUAAACCAUUAAGGCUUAGUGUAGUGGUUGAUGCUGCUGUUCUCCAAGAUGAAUACGAAAAACAGUGUAAUAGCUUAAUACUCAUCCUGUUUCUGUUUUUUAUCCUUCAGUCUUCAGGCAGUGAUAAAGACAGGAGCAGCAGCAGCAGUGUUAAUAUCCCAGAGAGAGUAAUCGGACCAGAAAGCAGCUUAAACCAGAUCGUUGCUGAACCCAACAUGAGUACACCUCAGUCCUCAUCUGAGGAGUAUGCACUAUGCCAAGGUUCUUACUCCCACAUCAACCAGAUCUUAAGGGAGGCACACUUCAACAGCUUGCAGCAUCAACGACAAGGCAGUUUUUUGUCCCUCGGUCUUAGAAUAAAACUCAAUACUUAAUAGCAGGGACGGAACCCAGCCCUUCAAAACUAG